AAUAGGGACUCCGAGCAAGUCGGAGUCCGACGGGGUGCGAGUCCGACCGAGUCGGUCUCUGGGAGGCGGUGCGCGAGUGAGGUUGGUUGUGCGUAUUGAAAUUCACAUUCGCGUUUCGAUCAACAAAAGAAGAACGUGACUGUUGAUAUUGCCUUGCCGGUGUGAAAAGAGCGGGAAGGUGUUAUGGAGGAAAAUACAAAGUUCAUCGUCCCUCCAUCUUUAUUGUUGAACAGUCCACAACAUUGGAAUUGAAUUUAGUUGUUGUUGUUACUCUGUUCAAUUUAUCUGGUGUAAGCGAUGGCUGAGAGACGAGAUCGUCAUGGUAUGGAAUGGAGCAUGUAUCUUUUGUGCAUAUGUGUAUCUUAACAGGAUAUAUAUUGAUACCUUCCUUUCUAAUUAUAUGCAGAGACUCGAGCAUCUAUGAUCAGGAAUUUGCCAGACCCUGAGUUUAAAGAGCAUUUUAGAAUGGACAGAGCUACAUUUGAGAUUUUAGUGCAUGCAGUUGCUCAUGAAAGGUUGCGAACUGGAAAGCUGCAAAGGAACCGGACUGAUGUUGGUGAAUCAACAGCCAUGGGUCUAUGGGUGCUCUUCAAUAAAGAUACCUUCCGCAGUAUUGGCCUCAACUAUGAAAAUGACAGGAAACACAUUCACAACCAGUACACGAUUCUUCUCAAUGCAUUAUGUGGCAUUGGCCACAAAUAUAUCAAGUGGCCCAAUAUUAGGCAAAGGCAGCAGACAGAGUUAUUCUACCGUCGCAACUUUGGGUUCCCUGGUGUGGCUGGUGUAAUUGAUGGGACCCUUAUUCGGAUUACAGCUCCCUCAGAACAGAAACAGAGAUACGUUGAUAAAAACCAUGAUUAUUCCAUCAAUGUAAUGAUAGUGUGCAACCAUAAACGGGUGAUCAAUGAUAUUUUCAUUGGACAGCCAGGCUCUGUUCAUGACUCUAGAGUUUUCCGGAGGAGUCCCCUAGCACAUGCCCUCUACAGCAGAAAUGAUUUGUUGGGACCAAAUCAGCACCUGAUUGGGGAUGGUGGUUACAUGUGCACUGAAAAGAUGCUGGUCCCAUACAGAAAUGAUGGCAACGUCGAUCAAAGCCACAGAACCUACAAUUUCAAACUUUCUCAGUGUCGAGCUACUAUUGAAAGGACAAAUUCUCUAUUUAAGAGCAGGAUGGCUCGAACAGAGAAAUUGUUUUGUAAAAAUAUUGUUAGGACCAACAAGCACAUUGCAGCCUCCGCAGUUCUCCAUAACUUCAUUUUACUCCGGGGAGAAGAGCAAGAUGGCAUUGUUCUGGAAGGAGAAUUGCCAGAAAUUAAUGUACACGAUGCCAUAGUAGCUGGCCAAGAAGAGGGGUAUAGAAGACGCCAACAAAUAAGACUCCAGCUUGCAGAAGAAUACGAGUAA